GGACGGAGGAGCGAGGAAUGUGAUCCGUCCCAGCAGCCGGGGGAGCCGGAGCUUAUCCGGUAUGUGUCUCUGGGAUGAUUUGGGGGAAAGUCACCGAAGUUGGAACAUAAGACGCAAACUGCCUGGGACACGGAGACAUGGAGCUGUCCCCGCGCACACCCCCCACCAAGGGACCUGGGGCCGGGGCGGGAGUCAGCUUACAGGGCCCGGCGCAGCUCUAGCCGCCCUGGAAUGGCCGUGAACUUGUUGUUUUUCCACGUCAUUUGCUCUCAGAUGUACUAUCGAGCCGGGCGAUGCUAACCGGCGGCUGCAGGUCCCUCCUCGUAACAAGCGAUUGUGUGUUCUUUAAAGGUGGCCGCCAGGGAGGAGGGGGCCCAGCCCCAAGGAGGUGGAGGGAAGGGAAACAAACCCGCCUUCCCAGGGAGCGUUCGUGUGGGAGCCGGCUCCCCCAAAGCACAUGCCAUUUCUGGCCCUCGAAGGGGUUAAAGGCCUCCUGGAGUCAAAAACAAGCAGGUGUCCCACCGUGCCAGAUACGCCGCCUAAACUGCUUCCAGCUUUUUUUUUCUUCCCCUUCUGCAAUAAGUCUGUGAUCAGCCACGGGACAGAGGCGCCAGCAGCCCGCCUGUGACAGGCAUCAGGUUAGCUCGCUCCCACUCGGGUGGAGCGCCCAGGAUAUAAAUCCAGGCUCGGGGCCCCUGCCGCGGGUCCUCUCCCUGCACACUCAGGAGAGGGAGUUUCCUUCCAAAGACCUUUCUUUGAUCAGAAGCCACACAGCCGGGCAGGCUGCACCGACUGUGGAGGCAGCCACGGCGUCUGCGGCCUCUCAACCUCAGCAAGGAAACCUGCCCGGGCGGGGAGGCCAGGUGUGCCCAGCCCCCCGGAGAAGAGGGCCCCUGGCGUUGCCACCCGGGAGGUCUUGGCUGCCACAGACCGCACCAUGUGGGCCCUGGGCUGCCGCCGGUCCUGGUCCCGCUGGGAGCAGGUGGCGGUGUUGCUGCUGCUGCUCGGGGUGGCCCCGCGAGGCCAGACGCUGCCACCCAUCCGCUAUUCCCACGCAGGCAUCUGCCCCAACGACAUGAACCCCAACCUCUGGGUGGAUGCACAGAGCACCUGCAAGCGGGAGUGUGAGACGGAUCAGGAGUGUGAGACCUUUGAGAAGUGCUGUCCCAAUGUGUGUGGGACCAAGAGCUGCGUGGCGGCCCGCUACAUGGACGUGAACGGGAAGAAGGGCCCGGUGGGCAUGCCCAAGGAAGCCACGUGUGACCACUUCAUGUGUCUGCAGCAGGGCUCCGAGUGCGACAUCUGGGACGGCCAGCCCGUGUGUAAGUGCAAGGACCGCUGUGAGAAGGAGCCCAGCUUCACCUGCGCCUCUGACGGCCUCACCUACUACAACCGCUGCUACAUGGACGCCGAGGCCUGCUCCAAGGGCAUCACGCUGGCCGUGGUCACCUGCCGCUACCACUUCACCUGGCCCAACACCAGCCCCCCGCCGCCUGAGACCACCGUGCGCCCCACCACGGCCUCCCCGGAGACCCCCGGGCUGGAUGUGGCGGCCCCGGCCCUGCUCAACCACCCCGCGCACCAGUCAGUGACCGUGGGUGAGACGGUGAGCUUCCUCUGCGACGUGACCGGCCGGCCGCGGCCUGAGAUCACCUGGGAGAAGCAACUGGAGGACCGGGAGAACGUGGUCAUGCGGCCCAACCACGUGCGUGGCAACGUGGUGGUCACCAACAUCGCCCAGCUGGUCAUCUACAAUGCCCAGCCCCAGGAUGCCGGCAUCUAUACCUGCACGGCCCGGAACGCCGCCGGGGUCCUGAGGGUCGACUUCCCGCUGUCGGUGGUCCGGGGGGGCCAGGCCGUGGUCACCUCGGAGAACAGCCCCAACAGCACGGCCUUCCCGGCGGCCGAGUGCCUGAAGGCCCCCGACAGCGAGGACUGUGGCGAGGAGCAGACCCGCUGGCACUUCGACGCCCAGGCCAACAACUGCCUCACCUUCACCUUCGGCCACUGCCACCGCAACCUCAACCACUUCGAGACCUACGAGGCCUGCGUGCUGGCCUGCAUGAGUGGGCCGCUGGCCACGUGCAGCCUGCCCGCCCUGCAGGGCCCCUGCAAGGCCUAUGCGCCCCGCUGGGCCUACAACAGCCAGACCGGCCAGUGCCAGUCCUUCGUCUACGGCGGCUGCGAGGGCAACGGCAACAACUUCGAGAGCCGCGAGGCCUGCGAGGAGUCGUGCCCCUUCCCUCGCGGGAACCAGCGCUGCCGGGCCUGCAAGCCGCGGCAGAAGCUCGUCACCAGCUUCUGCCGGAGCGACUUUGUCAUCCUGGGCCGGGUGUCUGAGUUGACCGAGGAGCCCGACUCGGGCCGCGCCCUGGUGACGGUGGACGAGGUCCUGAAGGACGAGAAGAUGGGCCUCAAGUUCCUGGGCCGGGAGCCGCUGGAGGUGACGCUGCUGCACGUGGACUGGGCCUGCCCCUGCCCCAACGUGACGGCGGGGGACACCCCACUCAUCCUCAUGGGGGAGGUGGACGGCGGUAUGGCCGUGCUGCGCCCCGACAGCUUCGUGGGCGCGUCCAGCGCCCGGCGGGUCCGGAAGCUCCGUGAGGUCGUGCACAAGAAGACCUGCGACGUCCUCAAGGAGCUCCUGGGCUUACACUGAAGCCCCCGCCCCCACCUCCGCAGUCCCUCCCUGACCCCUCCCCGGCCCCCUCUGCCUACCCACCCUCCGGUGCCCCUCAGUCAGCCCACUGGGCAAGGUCAGAUUAGACAGUCUUGGGCCAGCAGGGGGACGUCCAUCAGCAUGUUGGAAAGAAAGCCAGCAGGGGGUCUCAGACUGGCUUCUGUUCUGUGGCUUCAAUAAGGGCUCCGUGUCUCUUUCAGCUGAGGGGGAUUCGAGGAGAAGCCAGCGGCCCCGUGUGAGUCACCCCCGAUGACCAGCCUGCUCGGGUUUUCU